GAUAAAGUACUGGAAGGAGGCUGUGUGUGUGAGGCAGAGGGAACCUCUGUAUAAUAUUAUUUAUCUGUAUAUAAUGCACUGGGGAGGUAUUUGUGUGUGAGGCAAUUUGAAUAUCUAUAUAUUAUAUACUUGUAGAUAAGGUAUACUGUGAUUAUGGAACUAAGUAUAUCAACCUUGUGACCCCGCCUCUUUUACCGUACUUCUGCACUGCAUGCUGGGAGUAGGUUUCCUGCUACCGUUUGAUUCCCUGCUGAAGAUCACGCUGGAAAUUAUAUCCUGGGAUUUAUAGCACUUUCUCCGUGUUUGUUUCCUGGGAUGUGCUGACUCUCAGCUGCGUAAUAACCAAAUCAUGUACAAUACACAUCACUGCGGUUGUCAUUAAAGCGUAAACAUUAUAAGAAUAUCUGGCAAAUUCAGUUGCUGAACAAGACAAUGUCUGACAAGACUGAGAACCAAACCUCAGACCUUCCUGAUGUACACAGAGGGCGUCUAGAGGAAAACCCGGGCACUGGGCUAUUAAAUGUGAAGGAAGAGGAUGAGACAGAUGACAUGAAUAGUCAUCAAACUGAAAUACAUUGCUCCCUCCCUGCCGAUGAAGAUAACGCUGAUAUAGUGAAAGUUGAGAUAACAGAAGAUCUGUGUGUGAGGCAUCAGCUGGAAGCACCAGAUGAGGAAACCGGUGACAGCAUCAGUCAAGGCCAUAUGGAUGUGACGUCUUCAGAGGGCUCAGCGGUUGAGCACGGAGGAGAACCGUAUGUGUGUAAUUACGUGAAGAUUGAGGAGGAUGAAGUUCCUAUAAAUACAACUUCAGGUGAUGUUAAGACUGAAGUCAAACUUAAUGCUGAACAGACUAAUCAUCUGGAAGCUGCGAAGCAGGAAAUCAGAGUCAAUAUCAGUACAAGUGAUGUUAAGACUGAAGUCACACUUGAUGCCGAACAAAUAAAUGAUCUGUAUGUAAAGAGUCAGCAGGAAGCUGAGAAGCAGGAAAUCAGUGACAAUAUCAGUACAUGUGAAUUUACAAACUGCAUUAAUUCUAGUCCUAGUCAUGGUGAAAAUACAGAUACUUGUUUCAAUCUUCUUCAAAAUCAAAGACACAACAUGGGAAAUUUAUGUUCUGAAUGUGGGAAAUGUUUUGCUCUGAAAUCAAAUCUUAUUAGACAUCAGAAAACUCAUACAGGAGAAAAGGCAUUUUCAUGUUCUGAAUGUGGGAAGUGUUUUUCUCGGAAAUCGCAUCUUAUUUACCAUCAAAAAAAUCAUACAGGAGAGAAAGCAUUUUCAUGUUCUGAAUGUGGGAAGUGUUUUACUGAGAAAGCAACUCUUAUAAGGCAUCAGAAAACUCAUACAGGAAAUAAAGCAUUUUCAUGUUCUGAAUGUGGAAAAUGUUUUGCUCAGAAAUCAAAUCUUAUUAUACAUCUGAAAAUUCAUACUGGAGAGAAAGCAUUUUUUUGUUCUGAAUGUGGGAAAUGUUUUGCUGUGAAAUCCCAUCUUAUUAGACAUCAGAAAAUUCAUACAGGAGAGAGAGAAUUUUCAUGUUCUGAAUGUGGGAAAUGUUUUGCUCGGAAAUCACAUCUUAUUGAACAUAAGAAAAAUCAUACUGGAGAGAAAGCAUUUUCAUGUUCUGAAUGUGGGAAAUGUUUUGCUCGGAAAUCAAAUCUUAUUAGACAUACGUUAACUCAUACGGGAGAUAAAGCUUUUUCAUGUUCUGAAUGUGGAAAAAAUUUUACCAGCAAAGGAAAUUUUACUACUCAUCAAAAAAAAUCAUGCAGGAGAGAAAGUAUUUCAGUGUUCUGAAUGUGGGAAAAGUUUUGCUCAGAAGUUACACCUUGUUGCGCAUCAGAAAAUUAAUUUGGAAAGGAAAGCAUUGUCAUGUUUUGCAUAGGGCAAACCCCUACGUUAACAUCAAAAGUGCAAGAGCCUCCCUAAAGCUCUUGUCUGAUUUAUAUAUAUAUAUAUAUUUCAUACAGGUGUUGAGAGUCCACGAUCCAUUACUCAUGAGAACUACUCUUCUCUACCACUAGGAGGAGGCAAAUAUUCCCAAACCCCAAGAACUCUAUAAAACCCCUCCCACCUCACACAUACCUCAGUCUUUACUUUUCCUAAAGACUGGUGCAUGUGUUCUUCAGAGAAAGGGGGGGUUUUCAGUCUAUGUUGAGGUCCGGUUCCCCUCAGUGCUUGUCAGAGGGAUGUAUGGUUUAUGAUCUGAUUGUUUCACCUCCUGGAAACCCACUUUAGACCCUCUGUAAUAGAUCGAAGGGACAUGU